AUGACCGAAGAAAUUAAAGAUCAUAAGGAACAUGUUAGUGAAGUUAAAAUUGAGAGUGAUUACGAUAAAAAACGUCGUGAAGCUCUCGCAGAAAUUGAUAAUGCUAAAUUUGGAUGGUUUCAUAUUAGAACAUGCAUUGUAGCGGGUGUGGGGUUCUUUGCUGAUGCCUAUGACAUUUUUGCUAUCAAUCUUGUGGUAGUUAUGUUAGGCUACGUAUAUUAUGGAAAAAAUUCUCUCCCUUCUGAUGUCGAUUUAGGUUUAAAAGUUGCCACCCCUGUCGGAACUUUUGUCGGACAGUUUGGUUUUGGUUUGUUAGCUGACCUUUUAGGUCGUAAAAGGUUGAUGAUUAUCAUCUUCUGUACAUUGGCUAUUUGCCUUGUAUCGAAUUCCUAUGUCUAUGAUCCUAAUACAAAAGGUUUUACCAACAAUGCAAGCGUUAUCUCCGCUCAAGGCCUUAUGCUAUUCUGGCGUAUUAUCUUGGGUAUCGGAAUUGGUGGUGAUUAUCCUCUUUCAGCAAUUAUCGCUAGUGAAUUCGCUACGACUAAACGUCGUGGUGCUAUGAUUUCUGCUGUCUUUGCUAUGCAAGGAAUCGGCAUAUUAUCCGCUGCCAUCGUUUCAACAAUUACUGUAGCUGCUUUCCAGAGCGUUAUCUCUCCAACUGAUUAUUCAAAAAUUGAUUAUAUAUGGAGAAUUGUCACAGGCUGUGGUGCGGUGCCCGCCGUAGUUGCCCUUUAUUUCCGACUUACUAUCCCUGAGAGUCCACGUUAUACUAUGGAUAUUGAACGUAAUGUUAAUCAAGCUGCUAAUGAUAUCUCAACUGUAUUAGAAUAUGGCACAUAUAAACCUCGUGAACAGGAUGUCGUAAUUAAAGUUGAUGCUCCUGAAUUCAGUUCCGGCGACUUCUUCCGAUACUUUGGUAAUUGGAAAAAUGGUAAAAUUUUAUUUGGAACUGCUUUUACGUGGUUCGUUUUAGAUGUGGCCUUUUAUGGUGUCGGUCUUAAUAAUAGCAUUAUCUUGAGAAACAUUGGUUUUCUUGGUGACGGUAAAGAUCCCUAUGAAACUUUAUUUAAAGCUUCUGUUGGUAAUAUUAUCAUCGCGUUAUUGGGUACUGUACCUGGUUAUUGGGUUACUGUAUUUACUGUUGACCAUUGGGGAAGACGUCCUAUUCAACUUUUCGGUUUUGGCGCUCUUACCGUAUUAUUCGUUAUCCUCUCUACUGCAUAUUGGCAACUCCUGAAUAUUAUUUGGCUUUUUAUUAUAUUAUUUACAUUAGCUCAAUUCUUCUUUAACUUCGGCCCCAACACUACUACUUUCGUCAUUCCUGGUGAAGUAUUCCCAACUCGUUACCGUUCAACUGGUCAUGGAAUAAGUGCUGCCUCUGGUAAAUUAGGCGCAAUUAUUUCACAAGUUGGAUUUGCCAAAUUACAGUAUCUUGGCGUAAAUGUGUUAUUCGGAAUCUUUUCUGCCUUCAUGUUUGCUGGUUUUGUUGUCACAUUCUUUUGCACACCUGAGACAAAGAAUGCCACUUUGGAAGAAUUGUCAAAUGAAGAUCAAGAAGGCUUUGUUAAGGCACUUGUCAUAGAUUGGAUGAAUUUAGAAAGAGUUCAUCCUCCUCAAUCAAAGGCAUCUAAUUUCUCAGAAAGUUAA